UAUCGAAAUGUCAAAUUGCAUUUUAAUGUAAUGGAUAGUUCACAAUAGGCUUGAACUAAGAUAAGAAAAAUGAAUAUGGUGAUCUUAGUUGCCUGCUAAACAUAAAUUAGCUCCAAACGAAUUAAAUAAAAGACACUAUAUCAGGGAAGAAUUAUAUUAACGAUGUUCUGGUAGAAAGGAAUGAAAUAUCACAAAUCUAAUGUUUCUGGAAAUUAUGGAUAAAUUUCGUUUCGCAAAGAUCAUUAAAGGAUUAAUAUCAUAGAAAAAGUGCAAAAGAAAUAACAUAUAACGUAAAAUAUCAGGGUGCGAUAUUGUCAUUAACCAUGCUCAGUAGAAUGGAUGGUAGUUCAGAAUUAACGGAGGCCCAACAUAAAAAAUAUCAAAAGCUUGCUAGUGAAUACUCAAAACUACGAGCCAGGGCUGGUGUACUUCGAAAUGCUGUUUUGGAUGAACAAUCAAAAGGAGAAAGUUUACGUGAACAACUACGACAAAGUGAAACUGCACUCCGUCGAUCUGAGCAGGAAGUCGAUUCAUUAGGUUUUCGUAAUAGGCAACUAGAGCACAGAGUCGCGGCCCUUCAAGAUGAAAUUGCAAAGAGAGAGGGACGUAUUAAAACUGAUAAAGAAUAUGUACGAAAACAUACAAUAGCUGGAAAAGGGGAUGUUCCUGGAACAGUUGGGGAAGGGGAUAUGGGACAAGACGCUCUAAUUUUCGAAGAACUUCAGAAGAAGAUCAUGGAAAAUGCAGAACUAACUACAAUGGUUGACGACAAGGAACAUGAGCUUCAAAUUCAGGGUGAACGUUUGCUGAAUUUGCAAAAAAUGCUAGAAAAGCGAAACACAGAAUUCACAGAGUCCGAAAAGCAUUUCCGCAGAGAUUUCGAAGUAUUGCAAAAGAGAAACACAGAGCUCGAAAGUAAGCUCGUUGACGCGAUUAGUAUGUUGGGUAGUGAAGAUGCUCUGAGUGCUUCUGGUAGUGAUCAUACACCAUUACAUGUUGCUGCGCAACAACAUGAUCAAUCAACAUUAUCUACAACAUCAGUACCAACAGCUGAAGAACGCAUUUGCAAUCUGGAAAAAGAAAUGGUUCACUGGCGGACACAAUAUGAAAUUUUAAAAAUCAAUGAAGCGAUAACGUUAAAUGAGACAAAAAAUGGGUUGUAUGACAAUAAUAUUCCAUGCUCGUCUGCUAUUAUUCCAGAGUAUAGCAAUUGUAGCUGUAGCAGUACAGCAGCUGGUUUAAUAGUUAAAUCUAGCUCAGCGGAAGCAAAAAGCUCACGCGACUCAUAUAAGGAACCGACAUUACCGCCCACAAAAGAACAAAUUCUUUAUGACAGUUUUAGUAAAAAAUUUGAACAUCUUUUGAAAUCUAAGUACUUGUCUGAAUCUCGAAUGUUUUCAUAUGAAACGGAAGUGGAACAUUUUCAAAUAUGUUUGGAAAAUGCGACGCAUGAGUUAAAUUCAAAGGAUGAGCAGAUAGAAAGCAUAAAUCAGGCAUUAAAAAUGCUAGAGGAGGAUUUGGCUACCACACGCAUUAAUUAUGAAGAACAAAUUAGUGUGCUUACGGAACAGGUAAUUAACUUAAGUGAGCAACUAGCCGCCUCAAAGUAGAAGCAAUUUCUUUGAAACCGUAAUAUAACUCACAAAUAAACACCGUUCAAAGGAUAAACAAUAUUUGUAAACUUUUCGAAGGUAGAUACCGUACUUCAAUAUUGUAACGUGCGCAAGUAUAUAAGAUUGUAUUUUAAUUAACUUAGUACACGAUAAUUGUUGAUCAUUUAGAUAUUCUGAAAUUUUAUGCAGUGACAACUAUCGAUCACUGGAACAAUUUCUUAAUAUAUACACAUUGUGUAUGUAACUUGAAAAAUGUAAAAUUUUGUGUAUCCUGUAAAACUUUGUAAAUUAAAAAGGAAACAUAUAUUUAAUAACAAGCAGAAUAAUUUAUAUUACUAUAUGUGUAACUUUGUAACAUUUAUAACAAUUGAUAAAUGGCAAUAUAUAUGAAAUUUAUGAAAGCAUAAUAAAACUCAAUUUAUCAUCGA